UUAAACGUCGUCCAGCGCAGCGUUCAAAAACUGACACAUUGAUAUAUUUACUGUAUGGCGUACGGGAACAGAGCGCGUUAUUUAACGACAAAAUCUGUGACAAACUAUGAAAUUACAGGAGAAGGCGUCACGUUAAUUUAACGAUGUUUGACUAUCGCAUUUAUUUCAUUUAUUCCAACAUCACUUAGUUUUACCUUCCAAACAAUCCAAUAAGCAGGACCUGACUUUAGUUGCUUUUAUGAAAACUUCUGCGUCAUAACACGUCGGUGCAGUCCUGACACGGUCACUUUCAGCUUUCGCUUUCGUGAUUCAGAGCUGAAGUCACACAGGACAUCUGCUGUUACACACACGCGCGCGCGCGCACACACACACGCUCGCCCGCCGGUGCAUCACAACCGCUCCGACCGAAACCAUCUCCGGACCUCGAUCUUAGAGCACAUUUCCAUGGACUGGAAGGCCACUUCAACCCUGAGGUGACUGAUCUGGAGGGACCUUGGCUGGUGCUGCUCGCCCCCUGCAGGGUCUGGCACCUCCGUCACCUGAGGAGCUGCUGGCAGAGCAGGUCCCGAGCCACAGAUACAGGAGUGUGGUCCAGUGACUGAGUUCAGUUCUGGGCGGAGAGAAACCCCGGCCAUGAAGCCGCAGGAGGCCCAGCUGCUCAAUGAAAUCUCAAAGCUGCAGUGCAUGGUGACUGAGCUGAAGAUGGGCUUCUCCGGGGCCCUGCUGGAGCUCAGCCAGAUCCAGCACGGAGACUCGCACCUGCGGGGGGAGCUGCAGGAGACCAGGAAGAGCUGCCAGAGGAAGGCUCUGCGACUGGAGGCCCUGGUGGAGGCGCUGAGGGAGGAACUGGGAGCCAUCCAGAGCCAGGUGUCGCACCUGGGCUGCAGCAGAUCCAGGAGGGAGGCGUCAGGAGGGAAGAGCGCCCCCGCCAGCGACGCCGCCUCGCCAUCCAGAGGGAAGCUGCUGCUCCACUGCUUCCUGCAGGGCCUGAAGGCCGGCCUGAGCGAGGGCACAGACGCACGCCACCAGGUGGCCAUGCAGCUCCUCCACUCGGAGUGGGAGUACGUGUCCACGCUGAACCAGCUGUACGACCGCUACAGGACGCCGCCCGCCACCGCCGCCGCAGAGCCGCACCAGGCCCACCUGAGCUUCGUGGAGCAGCUGCUGCAGCGACACCUGCUCUUCAGAAACACCCUGCAGGAGCGACUGUCGGCCGAGCACUGGAAGUCUCUGGUGGGAGACAUCCUGGUCCAGCUGAUCGGACACAACGACACGGCCUUCUCCCAGAUGUACGUCGGCUACACCACCACGUUAGCGUCGUUCCUCUCGCUGGAGUUGACCAGGCCGAGUCCUCCCGCGGCGGCCGCCGGCCAGCAGGUGGAGCGGGAGGAGCUGAGGACGCUCUCGCUGCUCCUGACGCCCGUCUCGCGCAUCCACAGCUACUUGAGCCACAUCCAGAACCUGCUGCAGUGGACCAGCAAGGAGCACCCGGACUGCUCCCUGCUGCUGGGCAGCGAGCGGGCGCUGCGGGGCCUGCUGUCCCGCUGUCACGUGAUCCUGGAGCAGGACGUCCGGUGGGAGGAGGGAUGUCAAAGCAGCGGUUCUGAGGCGGCGGCUGGAGAAUCCGCUCCAACCUUCUGCCAGAGGAGUCGCCCAGGCGCCAGAGAGGCGGAGGCCGUUGCGCAGAGAGCCCAGAGCGAGAGCCGGACCCCCGCACACGGCUGCCUGCGGCUGGAGUGCUGGUCCUGCAGCCCGGUGAGGAGGAAGCAGGACUGCUCCCUCCUCACCCCCGGCUGGGCGGAGACCAGCGACUCGGGCCAGGGCACCUUCACCGGGAGGGGCGCCACCGAGCUGGACGCCUCUCACGGUCGCCAUGGCGACAGCGAGACGGAUGCCGACGACACCUCGGCCUUCGACUACUCCUCCGUGACCUCCUGCAGCCCUGACGGGACCCUGUGCCGGGAGGAGGAGGAGGAGGAGGAGGACAGCCAGGUGCCGGUGCUGCUGAAGCCUCUGUGCGGUCAGCAGCAGGGCACGCCGGCGCUCCGCUGGCAGAUCCCCAGGAUGACGCCUCACCCGCCUCUGAGGAACACGCGCGCGGAGCCGCCGCCGCCGCCGUGUCUGGUCAGCUCCAGCAGGAACCGGCUGGUCAGUGUGCGGAAGGGCUCCCCUCCCUUACACCCCAAGAGUGCCUUCAGGCCCAUCUGGGACGAGCCCAACAGACAGGUGGACAUGGCUCCAGAGAAGGACUGCAGAGCGGGUUUCAUGCCCAUCCAGACUCCAGCCAGGUCCAUCUUUCAAAACUGCACCAGAGAGAGUCUCAGACCCGGCCCAAAUGUGGGCGGCGGUGGCGCCGGAGGCCUGUGGGAGGACAGCGAGGACAGCGAGGGACCGUGCAGCACCGUUUGAGAGGCCAGAAUCUUGGAGACAAAAACACUGACAAAAGGCCGAUGAACAAGGAGGAAAGGAGCCUGGAGUAGAAAAUAAGACUGGGUGAUUUAUUAAUCUCAUCAAGACCAUUAAUACAAAGCAGUUAAAAGGCCACAUACCAUCAAACGAACCGACCGCUGGAUCGACGCCCCCCAGAGGAGAAAUGUCCCGUCAGGCUGGGUUUCAAAGGAAAAUAAACAAACCACACCAAUACUGACUUGCUGGGAAAUGAUGGCAGGCGAGAACCAUCGAGUGCUACGGCAAAACGCUUGGACUCGGCUCGGUUUUCUCCGCAGCUCUCAGGGAGAAUGGAGGGCGAACAGCUGAGCUGGAGCUGCUGGUGGUCGGACACGGAGCCAGGCGGUGGUUUUCCUGCCCCUGAUCUGAUGCAGAGGGAGAGACGGAGCGCUGCGCCGGACCCGUCCCACUGGCGUCAACAGUACAGCCUAAAGUGCACAGUGUGUUUCUCCAAAUAAAAACAAAACAAGUCCCAAGUCUUCACAACGCUGUUCGAGUCCAGGCGAACAGGUUUCAGAGGGUCACACGAGUCCGAGCGCUUGGUCUCGCCCCAGUGUUGGCAUCACAGUCCUGGAGGAGGAGGCCACGGAAAAGAAGGCGAGCGCUGGAUUCUGAACCCAGAGAAGCAGGCGUCCCAUCCAGUAAGUGCUCGGCGUGUGUGGCGGGGACACGAUGGCUUUCCUCGGUCGACAGGGCUCCAACUGGAGACUGUCGGUAAGUACGUUAGUGACGGAGGCCUCUCGCUCCUAUUUCGUCCCACUGCAGCAGCACGGGGUCAUUAGGCAACAUUUCACUGGACAGAUGCGGCCGAGGGAGCAACACCACAGGGGGAAACUCACUUUAUACAAAUGAUUUAGUCAGUGUUUUCUCUACAUACGUAUGUAUACAUACAUGUACAUAUAUAUACACAUACGUAUACAUACGUGUGUGUGUGUGUAUAUACAUAUGUAUAUACAAAUAUGUAUAUAUACAUAGUACAUACAUAUGUAUAUAGACAUAUAUGCAGGUAUGUACAGGGUAUCCACAAACAUGUACAAUUUCAUAGUGUAUAGCUUUGUUCUAAACAGACUGAGGCCACGCUAUGUUUCUUUGAGACACAGAUUGUUUUUUCUCUUCUGUAAAGUCGAAAACCAAACUAAAAGGCACAUCUGCGCGUGUUCGAUGGUGUGUGAGCAGAGCGAUAGGGGGCGCUGUCGGAGAGGAGCACAGUGUGUGGUGAUCCGUUAAGACAUCCAACGUGGCGCUGCACCCGCUGACCUGCCCCAGCGUGAUGUGCACAGGCGCCGGGGUCAGAGGUCGCCGCCGCAGGACUUGAGAAAGGCAACGUUUGUGGCCGCGGAGACGGAAACAAAGCGGGGACUCGUCCACUGGAUACAUCACAGUGUAGUGGGGGGAAGUUUCCUUUUUCUGAUUCCGUUUGAAGACGAAUCCCUUAUCCCCUGCAUAAAAGCAGACUUUGGCAACUGCUCUUCUGAAGUCCACAGGAAGCCGGCGCUGCUGCGGGGCGGGCGGCGAGUCAGGGGGAGGCGGCUGAGGCUACAGGUCCGACGCUCCACCGGCGGCGGUUGGCACCAAGGCUUUCUGAUGAAGGCGGAGCU